AUUCUAGUGAUUAUCGUGAUUAUUAUUAUCGGCACGCAUGAUGUUUCCAGGACAGCAGAAUGACCCCCAUUGCGACCUGGACAAGAGCAUAACACUCCGGGUUUCCUCCUCUGGGGAAUAUGCAGACGCUCUGGACCCGCAUUGCGCACGUUCGGAGCCACUGCAUCUGCCCCCAAUGCCACCCUUCGAGGUGGUCCACCUCGACCUCAAGCCGACGAGUGACCACCAGCACCCCCCGUUGGCGAUUGCUGAAGCCGAUCCACUCCGCGACAUUCUUCUACUCCGCGGUAUUCGCUAGCGCCGCGGUCGUGGAUGGUGGAGCGAAGAAACAACGACGACUCGAACUCGACAAUGCCAUUGCUGAAGCUCGGAGAGAGCUCGGGAACGACACGGCCACGGACGAUGGACUUGCCGAACAUAUGCGAUACGCGGAGUACCCCCCUUCAAUUACCAUAGAAACCCGCCUGGAUGGCAAUGCAGGGACCAGCAAAGAGUAUGAAGAGCCUUGGAAUGAGCGCUGGGAAACAGCUCCUGAGCCCAUGCGAUCCUCCGAGAACACUUUGCGAAUCAAGUCGACAAUUUCAAACCACGCACAUAUCAGUGAUGGCCUUCGGCCGUUUGUCGAACAUUGGACAGAGAAUGGAGCGGGGUCUGCGCAAUUUCGUAAUCACCUGAACAAAACACUACAUAGUGGAAAGAACGGUGUCGAUGCGGACUUCUCCCAUCCGUACUCGUGGCUUGACCGCAAGCACAGAACCAUGUUUCGGGAUGGUUGGGUUCUCCAGUCGAUGGGGAUUGACACCCGCGCAGUAAAAGCCUUGAACGCACUUGUCGUCGAAAACGGGAACGAUCAGGUCGACUUGGACUUCGUCCGGGACCAUCAGCCCGUGGCCGGAGCACCUUGGCCUCGACUCGACGGCGCGACAUCGUGGCGAAUACGGAGGCGCGAUUUUCAUUUCGGGCCCGAAUCGAUCUGGUCUCAGGGGAUUGACCGCAGAAAAGUUCUGGACAAUCCUCCCUGGGCGGACCGAAAACUCUCGAUCCUCGAUGUUUCCGUUGGAGCGAUGAUUUGCAAACUGCUUCUAUCGUGCGGCUGCUGGACUGAUGUAACGGAGCAUAUACGGAGAUUGGGGGUAUCGACGCUCCGCUCAUAUUCAAAGACUGGAGAGGCAAAAUUGGGCUCCACGCUGCUAGAACUGCAGGACAUUUUGAAACGAUUGCGUUUUCGUCCCGAUCAGCGGAGCAGCUACCCGACCCCGAGAGUGCCCCUGCCAUAUUUCAAGCAUAGCCCCGACGGGAGUCAUCAUGAAGUGGUCGUUGAAGUGAACGAGUUACUGGAACGUGCGCUCAGGGACUUUAAGGACGAUAAAAUAUCACUGCCAGAGGUAGUGAUAAGAGUGACCGAGGUAUUCUUGUCGAGUCCUGUGCCACCAAACAUCACAUCCUACAACCUCCUCCUCGCGGCUUUCAAUUCUCCCGAGCAUUCCUCCCUCUUCAACACCGUCUUGACGUCCGCUCUCGAGACCCGCCAGCACGUCAAUGAGGUCACACGCUCCUUGGUCUUCGACCAUUUCUCGAUGAUGAACGAGCCCGUCAAAUUCUGGUAUUUUUAUCGGCUCACCAAGGGCGAACUCGGCGGACUAGAGGUAUUUAAGUUGCCGGCCGGAAAAAUAUCCGAGUACACCCAAGUUGCUCGAUGGAGCGGGGAGAGUCCUUCCAAGGCUGUUGCUGUGAUGCGCCCCGACCCUCUUGUCUUGCAGCAAAUGGUCCGCGGGAUGCUCCGCUUCAUGAAUAUGAAUGCCGUAUACCAAUGGUGGCAUACCAUCACACCCGGGCAAGUGCGGAAAAACAGAGAGUCGUUUCGUCUCAUGCUCCGAAAAUGCGUGGUGUACCGGGAUUGGGAACGAGGUCGGUGGGCGUUCUCCAGCCUGGUUGAUUCGUUUCUCAAGGAGAACGGAGGGCGACCGUGUUCCGAAACAUACUUCCUGAUGCUCUCCUUGUGUCAAAUGUGCGAUAUGAAGGAUGAGUUCCGCGUGCUACUUGACCAGAUGGUCGCCUCUGGGCUGUGCGCUCAGACGGCUGCGACGCGGGUGGCUCAGUUCUGCAAGAGUAUUGUCGACGUAUACGAUAAGCACCGAAUACGCACAGAUAAGAAAGAAGUUUCGAGUCAGGCGAGGGCCGUGAAACCGAACCGAAUCCAACUCAGAACUCAGGAGGCGCGGAACCACCCAACACAUACCAAGAUGAAAACAUACGUGUCGGUCUACCCUGACAGAGAGGCUCUGGAAGACGUAAUGGAGGAUACACCAAUGUCACAGAUGGCCGCGGCUCCGGCUUUGCAAGCCGCCUCCUAAUGAUCUUAGUCUAGGAACACGGUCACUUGAGAUGCAUCUCCAAUACCCAUGUCCCUCAUUCACCGGAAGCUGCUGGAGGGACUCCAUGUCGGAACAUUUGUCGGAACAUUACGAGAGCGAUGCAUGCAUAGGGAAGGCGUUUAUUUGGUAGCGCUGCUCAAGGUCGAGCAACGCGAAUUUUGUAUUUAUCUGGUUACAAACCCCACCUAGCAUGUAGAGGGUCAUAGAGGCGGUGAAGUCUGGCUGUUGUAUAUUAUCAUGGACGAGAACGACUAGGAAUGAAACAUGGAUAGCGUUCAAUUUCAUUGGGAAUGGCGGUGGUCGUAGCGAUUUUGUGUGGAUUCGAGGUAUGGACUGGCUUAGUGGACCAGAGACAAACAAUGAUUAGAUAUAAUCAAGCACGUAGAUGAUUCACCUAGGGUAGAAUGAAUUGGAAUCGCA